AUGGCUGUUGAGUUGAAGGACGAAGACGACGUGCCCCUAGCCUUCAUCUUCGAGACGAAUGAGCCGAUUUUCGGACCCAACCACUACAUACAAGCGAUCACUCGAGGAGAAGACCUCAAAACUUUCCGACAUAUGUUUCGACCACCUUGCGAGUGCGAAGAGUGCAACCAGCAGUACAAGACGGCGAUCAACAGAGAUACACGACUUCCUGACGGUCAAUUCAAGCAGAUCAAGAGGUAUUCCAGUUAUGUCGCGGAUGAAGAAGCCAAAACUCAAGCAAGUCGAGCCUUCAAGAAGAUUUCGGCCGAUCGUGCAUACCUCAAAGAGCAGUGUUACAUGAACGGUAACACAAUUCUCAAGCGUUGGAAGAAAUUGACGCCCAGCGAACGAGCUCGUCAUCUACUCCUGGUUGACAAUGAUCUUUACCAACAUCAAUGGGCCGAUGUGAUAUUUUCGCGUAAGUUCGCUGAACGACUGAAAGUAUUCAGAAAAGCAGUUGCGGAAGGCUCUGUACAUUGGCAUGGGUGUAUCGACUUGACUCAGGGACGCGAACGCCGACCAUACCGCAACACGUUCUUACUACCAUAUAUCAAUGUCGAGGCUUUAGCUUCUGACCCAUUGAGGCUGUUGAACCUUCUGCACAACCGCACAAAGUAUUCCCCUGCGGAGUGGGCACCCUACGACACAACCAUACUCGCAAAGGACUGGGAAUUGGGUACAUUCGAGACCGCAUACAGUAGUGUUUGUAUCAUCAUGCAUGGUUCGGAAUAUGGGAAAGUGACGCGAUGGGAAGAGAGUGCUGCCCACAGGUGGGACAUUGUAGGAUUUCCUAGGGCUAUCUUGACUUUGGAAGCUCAGCAGAAGCUCUUGGCGUUCUUGCGAGGGAUCGUCGAAAAGCUUCUCGAGGGCUUUAGUCGCAACGACACAUCACCACAAUCCGAUCGCUUUGAAAAGAUAAUUGGAUUACGGUCAGCAAGCCCCGGAGGAAGCAGCCCAGACGAGUUCGCAUCGACAUAUCUAAAUCAACCAUUCUCAGCUCCUCCGAAAUUUGACAUCGAAGAGCUACUCUCUAUCGCUCAGACACAGCUGAAUAUGCAUGGUGACAAUCUGUGGCUGUUGCAGACAGAUCCACGAUACUUUCGUCGAUAUGCGAAGCUUUUGGUUGACGGAGGUUUAGCCACGAAUCUGACGAAGACAAACCAGUAUGUCUGCACUCAUCUCGAAUUAAUGCAGAGAGCGAUACAAUUCUGGUCUUGGGAGGGCAUUUUGGAGGCGACAUUGAAGCUGCAAGCAACAUAUCGUAGCUUCGAUGUUGAAGUGAAAGUUGGGGAAGCCCUUUCCUCACAGUACAACCACGCACUUGGGUCAUUGGAAGCUCUUCUCUAUGAUCAAUUGCAGCGCCGCAUUCAGGCAAUCCGAUAUACUUUGCUUCAUAGGCCGGGCUUCCAGAGCAAGUGGAAUGUCAAGUACGUCCAACGUUUGCAGAGCAUGUCGGUCUCGAUAGGGCGAAAGGUUCCCGGUGAAACGCCUGCAGAUGUGCUGUACAAUGACCGCUUGAACUUCUGUACAUUCGCUUUGACCGAUAAGGAAGACAUAAUCAUAGAUAACCAUGAGCACACCGACCCUCGUCGGAAGGACUUCUCCAUGCUCUUUGCAAUGUUUGACGAACAUCUAGCAGACUGCCACAAGAAAAAAGACAAGCUAGAGUUGGCGAGGCUGGACGAGAUCCUCUACGAGUUGUUCGCUGAUAUGUCUUCCGUGCACCAAAUGCUUUCUCUGGUUCGGUGGCAUCGCCCGCAUCCACCCACGCCUUCAAUACAAGACCUAAAGUCUUCCGAAGAUGGCAAAGUGUGGCGUUAUAUUGAGAAGCAAUUCUUCGAACAGAGCACGUGGAGACAAAUUGAGUGGAAGGAUGGCAAGUGGGUGGACCAUCUCAGACCUGAGUUGAAGGAGUGCGGAUCUAAGAAGAUAGCUGCUGAGCAACGUUUGGCUACACUUCUGAAGAACUUCAUGGAGACCCCGAAGCCAACAGGCACCCGGUUCAGCCAGACUUGGCUCGAUCAAGACGCUUCCGAAAGAGCAGCUCUGAGCAAGUUCUGGGAAGGUAUGCGCGCUCGCCAUGAAGGAACCUUGCGGCGAUUAGGUUUCGACGCGUCCGACAUUCAUUCUGACUUGAAAGUCUUAUCCGCGGACAGAGAUGCGGAGUAUCUGGCCGAAAUCGAGGCAGAGAAGCAGGCAAUAUUGACUGGAAUUGCUGCACGAGAGACGGAGAAGGAAGCCAAGAAAUUGCUUAAGGCCCAAGGCAAGAAAGUACUACAGACCCAAUGGGGCUUGGAACAACCAGAUCCUCUCGUCACCCCAUUGUCAAAGCUAAAGAUCAAGCGACAUGGGGUCGCCGAGCAAAGCGCAGACCAACAUACAACUGAUGAAGCACCAACUGCUGUACAGCUAGAGUCUGAUGCUACAAGUGCUACCGAAGAGAAGAUAUGCGUCGGCGUAAGCAAAAGAUCUUUGUUGAUAUUCAGAGGCAUGUUUCCGAGCAACAAUCCAGAAGAACGUUCCAGGAGCGUGGACUGGGAUGCCUUUGUGAACGCCAUGGGGGAAGAACCAAUCAGCUUCGUUGCUCGUCACAGUGCCGGUGGUUCGGCCUAUUCAUUUGAGCCAAGUGUAAAGUCAAAGUGGUUUGGGAAGGGUAAGAUUGUGUUCCAUAAACCUCAUCCUGUACCGAUUCUUGAUCCGAUUGAGUUGUCUACAAAUGGGAAGCGGAUGGCGAAGUGGUUCGGAUGGAGCGAGGAGACCUUUCAACUGCGGGAGAAGUAAAUGGUAUUUGUAAAGUAAUAUCUCGGAAUAUUUUGGUCUCUGGCCAGGAUUUGUAGCUCUCUAGACUGUGUAGGAAUUAGA